CCGUGCCCGGCCGGCGGCGGCGCCCGCCCCAUGCGCCGCUGCUGCCCGGCGCUCUGCAUCCGCACCGCCAUCGACGCCACCGCCAUCGACGCUACCGCCGACAUCUCCGCGGCCCUCGCCCCCGUCCCCGUCCCGCCUGCCGCCGUGUCCCGCCCGCCGCUGCUGGUGCUGGUGCUGCUGCAGCGCCGCCCCGCGCCGCCCGCCCCCGCGGCCCCGCCGCACAAGAUGGCGGCCGGAGGGAGCGGCGGCCCCGGCGGCCUCUCCUCCUCCUGCCCGCAGCCGCCGCCGCCCCCGCCGGGCAACGGGGCCGCGGCCGCCGCCUGCACCAACGGCGCGCCCGCCUCGCCGCCCGGCCUCACCUACAACCAGAGCGGCGCCGCCAACCCGCCGGCGGCCAGCGGCGGCGCGGGGGGCCCGGCGGCGGCGGGGGCGGCGGGGGCAGCCGGCGGGGCGGGCGGUCCUGGCGGGGCGCUGCAGCGGGAGCCGGUGUACAACUGGCAGGCGACGAAGCCGACGGUGCAGGAGCGGUUCGCGUUCCUCUUCAACAACGAGGUGCUCAGCGACGUGCACUUCCUGGUGGGGAAGGGCCGCGGCUCCCAGCGCAUCCCGGCGCACAGGUUCGUGCUGGCCGUGGGCAGCGCUGUCUUCGAUGCCAUGUUCAAUGGUGGCAUGGCCACAACCUCCACUGAGAUUGAGCUGCCUGACGUGGAGCCUGCUGCCUUCCUGGCUCUGCUCAAAUUUCUUUACUCAGACGAAGUUCAGAUCGGACCAGAGACUGUUAUGACAACACUUUACACAGCUAAGAAAUAUGCAGUUCCAGCCCUUGAAGCUCAUUGUGUGGAGUUUCUUAAAAAAAACCUCAGAGCAGACAAUGCAUUCAUGCUAUUAACUCAGGCCCGGCUGUUUGAUGAGCCCCAGCUGGCCAGCCUGUGCCUGGAGAACAUAGACAAGAACACCUCAGAUGCCCUCAAUGCAGAGGGGUUUACAGACAUUGACCUGGACACGCUGGUGGCAGUGCUGGAGAGGGACACGCUGGGGAUCCGGGAGGUUCGCCUGUUCAACGCCGUGGUGCGCUGGUCCGAGGCCGAGUGUCAGCGGCAGCAGCUCCAGGUGAUUCCAGAGAACAAGCGCAAGGUUCUGGGCAAAGCUCUCUCCCUUAUCCGCUUCCCACUGAUGACUAUUGAGGAGUUUGCAGCAGGGCCUGCCCAGUCGGGGAUCCUGACGGACCGGGAGGUGGUGAGCCUGUUCCUGCACUUCACCGUGAACCCGAAGCCGCGGGUGGAGUUCAUCGACCGGCCCCGGUGCUGCCUGCGGGGCAAGGAGUGCAGCAUCAGCCGCUUCCAGCAGGUGGAGAGCCGCUGGGGGUACAGUGGGACGAGUGACAGGAUCAGGUUCUCAGUAAACAAAAGGAUAUUUGUAGUUGGGUUUGGAUUAUACGGAUCCAUACACGGGCCAACGGAUUACCAAGUAAACAUACAGAUCAUCCACACCGACAGCAACACCGUGCUGGGGCAGAAUGACACCGGCUUCAGCUGCGACGGCUCCUCCAACACCUUCCGCGUCAUGUUCAAGGAGCCCGUGGAGAUUUUACCCAACGUCAACUACACAGCCUGUGCUACUCUGAAGGGUCCAGAUUCCCACUAUGGAACCAAAGGACUGCGCAAAGUGAUCCAUGAAUCACCAACAACGGGAGCCAAAACCUGCUUCACGUUCUGUUACGCGGCUGGGAACAACAACGGCACCUCGGUGGAGGAUGGACAAAUCCCAGAGAUCAUCUUCUACACAUAGUGCCACUGCCAGCCCCCUGGACUCGACUCUUCCCUGCCACCUCCCAAACUGAAUCUCUGGCUGAGUUUGACCACACCAAUUGGAGCCACACUAGCCAAAGGUCACAGUGAAACCAUUUCAAAGCUCAUCUUCUGCCUUGUGCUAGUGCUGCUGCUGCUCUCAGGUGCCAGGCCAGCUGGUGGCCCCGUGCAGCCCAGCUGCUGUCCCAGUACCAUUUGUAGGUUGUCUGUGGCUUGUUGUUUUUCACCUCCUGAUUAACCCUCUCUAACAACGUGCGUUUUUUGGACUGUAAUGAAUGUAGAUGCUUUUCCAGCGGUCAGAAACAAGGCAACGAGUGGCUCUGGUUGUGGUUUCACUGCCAUGAGGAGAUGGUCCUGCAGCAGACUCGGGCAGGGCUGAGUGGCCUCUGCUCUGCCCCAGCUCAGCAGUCCAGGCCUCACUGCAGGGCUUGGCCAGCCCGUGUCCAGCACCUUCCCUCCCUCCCAGCAGCCUCAGCACACGGAGCCGCCUUCAGAAGUCAUGGAAGUGGCCUUUUCCCUGAGGCUUUGCUGUUCCAGCACUACACAGGCUUGGAGCUGAGCUCCUCUGGAGGGACUGAGGCAUUUUCCUGCUCUUCCCACCCAUGUGUGACAAUCUUCACCUCGGGCACUUGGUGGCAGCGAGGUGACCGCCCUGCAGAGUGGGGAGGGGCAGCUCCUCCUGCCCUCUGCGUCCCCGUGGUGCUGCUUCCACAGCCCUGGCACGUCCCACGGGCUGGUGAUGCCCAGCUCAGCCCUGGGCAGCCCCAGCUCUGUUGUUGUCACUGGUCAUUGUCCUCUGCAGAGUGCCAGGGUUUGUUGGUUGAAGCAGAAGGGCACCUGCCUCACCUGCUCCAGGGCAUUCCUGCAUUUCCAUGCACGUUUCCAUGUGUUUCCCUCUGUUCCUGUGCAUUGCUGCCUCACCCCUGAUGGGAGCAGGAGGAGAGGCUGGAUGUGCACCUGCCUGUUACUACAAUGCAGCAGAUGGACAAGGAUUUACCAAAUGGUUCAGGAGAAGGUGGAAUGUUCUGUGUGCUGGUGUGUGUUUGCACACUGCCUGUUGGCAGGCACGGGAGGGGAUCACAGACAUCACUGCUGAGCUGUGGAGCUCGGUGGCCUUGAGGACACCCCUUGUUCAGGGCCAGCUGCUUUUCCCCGUGGCUGUCAGAGAGAGGGAGGCUGGUCCAGCCCCACCCUCACUGCCCACGAGUGAAGGCCACCAGACUCUUCCUCCCUCCUCUGGAAUCAAGCUCAGCCUGGCAGGAAGACCGGAGCCCCUGGAGUCUGCGUGGGCCUGGCUGGGGUGGUGCUGCCUCAGGGCCCCUUCCCCAAGCUCCUGCUCCAGCACACGGAGCCACUGCCACUCCCUGGGCAGCUGCUGCCACUGGAUUUCCCUGCUGCAAGUCAGAACCUGGCUGUCCUUGGCUGGAGCAGGGUUUGUCCUCCUCCUCCUGCUGCCCCAGCCGGGAUCCUGGGGCUGGAGUCUCCUCCUCAGCCUGGGAAUGCCCUGCACCUCCUCAGCAGCAGCUCUAAGGGGUGCCCAGAGUGUGCUCUGUGCUCCAGGGAGAUGGUGUGAGCUGUGUAUUGUCAGCCUGCUCCCAGGUGGGAUGGUUCUAAUAUGGCCAGUACUAAAAAAAUAGAAAAAAAUAGAAAAAAAUCCCAACCUGGGUCCGUGACCUGGUGACUGAACCCAACUGUGUGCAGUGCAAACAGUGCUGUGGGGUGGAUUCACAGGCUGUGACUGUGCCUGCUCCUGUCACCACCCCUCUCCCAAGAAUGUCACUGCUGGCAGCCAGGGCCGUGCUGGAGCUGCACCUUCCCAGGGGCUCUGCUGUGGGUUCUGCACCUCGGGGCAUCAGGUACAGGGGGCAGUAGUGGAGUAAUUGGAAUUUGGGAGAAGCAGAGCCGGGCACUCGGCUCUGGGAGGAGCAGGGCUGGGGCAGGCCCUGCCCCGCUGCAGGGGAGCCUCCCCGGCUGUUCCCUGGAAGUUCUGUUGUUCUCAUGAUUAUUUUGUUACACAGAUUCUCGUCCCAAAUCCCACCUUCCUGCCCUCCCUGCGCGGGGCAGGUCUGGCAGCUUGUCCUGUCACAGAGGGAGGGAGAGGAGUCAAACUCUGAACUACACCUGAGCAACUUCUGUUCUUCUGGCUUUUCUGCAGUUUGAUGCAAUUCUGGCUUUUGUAGAUAGAUGAAUGUAAUUCCUUGUUGGACAUGCCUGUUCCCAGAAGUAUGAGCCAUUCUGUUGUACCACGUCACCUUCCAGCAGAGCGGGCCCCGCCCGCUCCUGUGCUCUUUGAUGAAUGUAUCCGAUGCUCUCGUCCCGUGUUCACACUCUGCUUUUUGGCCAGCUUUGUGAUUUGUAAAUAGGAAAACAAUAAAGACAUCCAGGUUGUCUUUA